GGGCAGUGGGGGCGGCGACGCGGGGCGGCGGGCUUCUCGGGUGGUGCGGGCGCGGGGCAGGGCAGGACUCGAACCGGGGCGUGAGGUACCUAACCCAGGUUCGAUUCCUGGCAAGGCCUUCUUUUUUCCUUCCCUACUUUUCGAGGGUGUAGCAGUCGUCUUUUGCCUCGAAAUGACCCGAGGGGCUAGAAGCUGUGUGAUAGCGCGCGGACGAGUGCAUGAGGCGCGCACGGACCCGGUGGCACGGGCGCUUGACGCGCGUCGCGGUCACGUGCGGUGACAUCAUUGCGCCUCGCGCUGUGGCUGCUGCUGCGAGUCGUUCACCGACAUUGCCUUUUUUUCACCUUUCACGACAUUACGACCAGCCAUGAACAACGGCCAAACAUGGGACAAUGCUCAACAACACCUACUCCGCGGUGAGCAAGUAGUAGCGCAGCGCGUCAAGUCUGCUUGGGUGGGAUUCACAGACUUUGCGUUGCGCGAAAAUGUGCUCGAGGUUGCGGUCGGUCUGAUGAUCGCAUCCGCGUUCACCACAAUCGUCAACUCCUUCGUUUCCGACCUCCUCCUGCCGCCACUCUCGCUACUGCCGUUCAUGUCCCACAGGAACCUCCCGCAAAAGUUUGUGGUGUUGCAGAGGGGCGAGAACGGCACGCACUACAACACGCUGCAGCAGGCACAAGACGACGGCGCCGUCACGAUGAACUACGGAAUGUUCUUGGACCACCUCAUCAAUUUCCUUGGUCUCGGCAUCGUCUUAUACAGUGUUGCCCAGUUCUACUCCUUUGUGUCGAAGGACUCAAUCAUCAAGCACACCGUGCGGUGCUACGCCUGUCGGAAAGAAAUAUCUGCAAAGGCGAAGAGAUGCGCAUUCUGCACCAGUUGGCAGGACCAGAGGGAGGAGGGCGAGACGAGCGCGCUAUGAACCCUUAACGAGGAAUCUGAUGAACGCCGCCAU